AUGCCUCCUCCCCAACGGCCCAAGUUGACUACAACCGUCUGGGAAGACGAAGGCACAAUCUGUUACCAAGUCGACGCCAAGAGCGUUUGCGUAGCUCGUCGCCAAGAUAAUGAUAUGAUCAACGGCACUAAACUGCUCAAUGUCGUUGGUAUGUCUCGAGGUAAACGAGAUGGCAUCUUGAAGAACGAAAAAGGUCGCGUGGUCGUUAAAGUAGGAGCAAUGCACCUCAAGGGCGUCUGGUAA